AUGUUUCGUUCACAUAAAACAAAGUUAUGUCCUAUUUUAACAUUACCUCAACAUGGAUUUUUCUUUUCGGGUUAUUGUGAACGAGAAAUCGGUUCAUUAUGUGGUCUUGGAUGUUUAAUUGGCUAUCGUCUUGUUGAUGGAGAUAGUUUUCGUGAAUGUCAACAAAAUGGAACUUGGACAGGACAACAACUAAAAUGUCAAGAAAUUCGUUGUCCACAUUUAAAAAUCAAUACUCAAAUGAUUCAAGAAUGUUUACCUAAACAGAAUAGUAGUGAUUUUAAAAUUGGUACAAAAUGUCAAGCAAAAUGUCGUGAAAUUGGUUAUCAAUUAAUUGGACCACAUACACGACAAUGUUUAAUUUUAGGUGUAUGGUCAGGUUAUGAACAAUUUUGUAUUGUUAAUAAUGAAACAACAGUACGUCCAAUUACAAGUACAAAUUCAACUCAAUUGUUAACAACAAUAACAACAACAACGACAACUAUUCAAAAAUAUCACGAUUAUUCAAAUUUUGCAUUGAAUAUUAAUAAAAAUGAUGCAGGUAUUGUCUUACCAUUUGUUCAACCAUUACAAUUUACAAUCAUAUUUUGGUUUUAUCUUGAAAAUGGUAACAAUGUUUCUCUUAUUUCAUUAAGAGAAAAAAAUAAUAAAACUUUUUUUGAAAUUGCUGUUCGACAAAAUAAACUUAUUUUUUAUCAUUUAUCUCGAAAUCAAAUUCAACCAACAUUGAUUAAAAUUUCUAAUUCAAAAUGGAAUCAUUUUGCAUGGAUAUAUUCAAAUAAAAUUCAACAAUCAUAUAUAUAUAUUGAUGAUAUUUCAUCAUUGAUUUUAUUUAAUCAAACAUUUCAUGGCCGUAUAACAAGAUUAGAAAUUUGGAAUGAAAUGAUAUCAGAACAAAAAGUAUUGAUUAGUUAUCGUGAUUGUCGAAAACAAAAUGGAGAUAUUUUCUCUUGGUCAAAAAUAUCAGAUCAAAUAUGGAUUGAUACUAAUAAAUUAAAAAGUUCAUUAUUCUGUUCUGGAUGUUCGGAACCUGCAUCAAUUCAUGGUGGACUAUAUCAUGUAUCUGAUUAUGAAGUUGGUUCAUUUGUUGAAUAUAAAUGUAAUUAUGCUUAUGAAAUGAUUGGUACUAGUCGUAGUUAUUGUAUGGUACCAUCUGAAUGGUAUCCAUUACCACCGAUUUGUAAAUAUAAUCCAUGUACAUCAGAUUGUGAACUAUGUAACAAAACCACAGGUGUUUGUUUACGACAAAAGAUCAAAAUAAAUUUUCAAAGUUGUGAUCCACCAUGUGAUGAUGAUGAAGAGUGUAUUGAUGGAGAAUGUGCUUGGUCGAAUAUUGGUGAUAAAUGGACAACGACAACGACAACGAAUGAACCAAAUUUAACGUCAUCUUGUCCAAUAUCAUGUCGACCUGGUCAAGUAUGUAUUGAUGGUCGAUGUGGUUGUUCUAAAGGUUUAUGUGAAAAUGGUCGUUCAUGUUAUGAAAUUUGUGAAAUAGGUGAACGUUGUUAUAAUUGGUCAUGUAGUUGUGGUUUUCAAGGUAAAUGUGGUAAAGGUGAAAUAUGUCUAUCGGAUAUUUGUAUGUGUGGCAUACAACGUGGUGGUUGUCAUUCACAUGAACAUUGUAUUCAAGGAAAAUGUAUUUGCAAGACAAAUUCAUGUGAUCAAUGUAAUAAUACAUGUAAAUCAAAUGAAAUUUGUUUAGAUGGAAAAUGUAUUUGUAAAGAACAAUGUGAAAAAAGUAAAAUAUUU